CAUGCAGCUCGUUCCUUUACUGUUGCGGAUUUGAAUCACAUGAUAUUCCAAUUGAACAAGUAUCAAAGAGUUUUGUUUUUGUUCAACUCGAUUUUUCAUACAAAUUAAUAUUUGCUGGUGAUCGGAAAUUUUGUUUCGUGUUGCCCGAUGAUCGGUUGAUGAUGUUGAGACCCAUUCACGAUACAUAUAAAACCGAACAUGCAACCACUGAAAAUCACACUCUUGAGGUGUAUAAUUAUCCCGAAAUGACAUUCCUUAAGAAGGUGGAAUGCAAGGGAAUGAUUGUCGAUAUUGAAAAGUACAUUCCUGAGAAGGUUCAAUUUAUUCCUGGUCAAUAUUUUAGAAAUUAUUCGGACUUUUAUAUUGUGGAUCGGUGGAAUAGACAUGUGUUGAAAUUGGGAUCAACAUUGGAAUUUGUGAAUUUCUUGACAUUGGAACAGGAGGCGAUCAAGAUUAUUACAGGACCUGUUUCUCCCUAUUUUUUGGUUCAAUUCAAAGAUUGGAAAAUUGUGGAUCUGAGUGGGAAAUUACAAACCACAUUAAAUUAUCCACAGGUUGAAAUCAAGUGUGGAAGUGCUACAAACACAGGUAUUGUGCUAGUGGAUAAGUUUGAUAAUAUUCAUGUUUAUGAAUCUUCAGAGUAUAUUAAGCGAGAGCUGGGUAUAAAUUCAACACUGGAAAAUGAUCACAUUUUAGGUCCUAAAUUUGAAUCAGUAACCAAAUCAGUGAUGGGACCUAUUGCUGAUGUACAAUGUGGUUUUUUCCAUUGUGUUUUCAGAACAUGGGAUGGACGAGUAUUUGCUGCAGGUUUUGACAAUUUAAAUCAAAUUACUUUUGGUAUUAACAUGGAUGGUCAACCCAAUUUUAUGGAACAAUCAAACCUUUUGAACUUGGAUUCUUGUAUUCGAAUUGGAUGUUUUUCUCGAGGUCACUAUCUCAUCAAUGCAAAGAAUGAUGUAUUUUUUGUGGCUGAAAUGUUUGGCGACUUUAAAACUGCAUUCACUCACAAAAAGUAUAGUUUCGUCCAGGUGAUGAAUUUGGACGAAAUUGCUGUUCGAACAAGAGAAUUAAGAAAUGGAGCAGCUUACAAUUCUGUUGUGAAUGCAGGUUGGCAUUGCUGUGUUGCUUUCGAUCAUAGACAUUCAGAAAAACCCUCUCGUUUCAGAAAUAGACUCUAUGAUUGUUACACUGGUUGUAAAGUUUCAGAUAUUUCCAUAUCUUUCCAAUAA